AUGAGCUAUGAACACGAAGUCUCGGGAGACUUAAACAACGAGGUCCAGGAUGACAGCUUGAUCCAGACCCCCGAGAGCGGUCCAAUUCAGCCAAUACACCAACGGCCAUUGCCGAAUGCCCAGUGGAAGUCAGCCUCUCGUACGGUGGAAGAGAACCUUGCCAAGGGUCUUUCAAAUGAAGAUCUUUGGAUGCUGAUUCGACGAUUCGACAAGCAAAUAUACCAUGUGCGAGCCGUCCAAGAUGCCAAAGCCCAACCACUCGAUCUGAAUCGCGUGGACAGUGAGCGAUUCCCGCCCGAAAAAUUGCGUAUCACCCUCGAGCGGUUCUACACCUCCGUGGUUGUCGGUGUGAUCGAGUUCUUUCGGCAUAUUACACGAUUGCGGUCAUGGAAAGAGUCCGGUCGGACAACCGUGUUUUGUAUCGUUUAUUUUACAUGCUGGGCCUUCGACAUUCUGGUUCCGACCAUCUGUGGUGUCAUGGUUUCCAUGAUCAUGAUUCCACAGGUCCGAGCAUGGAUUUUUCCUGCUACCACUGCAACACUAAACUCGGAAAUUCCUAGUGCAAGGAACUCGGAAACGGGCCAACCUGAAUCUCUGGAUAGCCUCACGGGCGCGCCAGAGGCCCACAAGGGCGAGGCUGCGGAACAAGAAGCGAGAAAUUUGAUCGACAGCCUGGCAACCGUAGCCAUUGAGAGUGCUGCCACGAAAUAUGGUCAAGCUGUAGCUGAGGAUGCUCCUGAUCAGCCUCUUCUUGGCGAUGGGUCAGAAGUCGUAGACCCCAUGGAGACUCCGAUUGUUGAUAGUACUGAAGACAAGACCAAAAAGCCCAUGAAGAAGAAGGUUUCGCACGCUACAAACCAACUCAUGCGUGGACUGAGUGAUGUCACUGAUAUUUAUGAGAAAUUUGCCAAUUAUUGGAUUGUUAAGAUCAUUGGAUUUACCAUUGGUUUUGGAUUUUUUGGAGAUCCGGUCUUCACAUACACGCUGGAUACCUUAAACCAGAAAAUCCCAAAUUGGAGAGAUAAUAUGGAUUUGCAAAAGACACUUUUAGCUGGCGUCCCUACUAAUGCUCAGCUGACAUUGACUCUAUUACGGAUUGGUGAGAUCAACUCCGAGCCUCUGCCGCCUCCUCCGGCUAUUGGUAACAACGAUAGGGCAUGGCCCAUUUCUCGUAAAAAGUCCCAAGCGGGAUCUUCAUCGUUAGACCUUACAAAGCAGGAUUCAUCACCCGAACUACAGAAGACAAACUCAAACAUCUCUCUCCCUGAAGCAAAACCGAAACGGAGGACGAUGUUCAAAUUCUUCAAAUUCCUUCGCCGAACCAUUGCAACUGCAAUCCAAGGCCACAUUGCAUUCGACCGAGCGAUGGCCAUCGCAGGAUCUGCCCACACCAAGAACUUGCUUGGGAUGCUGCAGAACAGACACUUCUCUGCAACCCCCUUUGGUCCCCUGAAGUUUGACGCGAAGUACGAACGAAAGCGUGGCGCAGCUGUGAUUGACAAUUCUAAAGAGCCGCCAAUUUUGUAUUUCACCACAUAUCAGUCAGCGGGGCUAGACGAUUUGCGAAUCGAAAGCCGGAAGAAGGGAUCCGUUCUGUUCCAGAUCCCUGUCACAGAUAUCAAAGAGUUGAAAAAGACCGAGGGCCUAGGAUGGAAGCGAAAGUUGAUCGUCGAAUUGACAGCUGGUAGUAAAGAGGCUGCUGAUGGCCUCGUGGUCAGCGGUGAUGACAUGGAGCAAUCAUAUCACCUCACUGGUAUGCGAUCUCGAAACCAAUUGUUCAACCGCCUAGUCGCGAUGGAUGCUCAAUUUUGGGAAAGCCGUUGA